UCAGGGAAAGUUGAGGAAACUGCUCUAAUCUUUAGCGGAGGAGAGUACCUGAUGAACAUAUCAAUAGGUAAACUAUCCAGACCUUUCAACGGGAUUGUCGACAUUGGAAGCGAUCUUAUAUGGACGCAAUGCACUCCAUGUAAAGAUUGCUUCAAGCAGAAGAUCCCACUCUUCGAUCUAACCUCUUCCCUGACUUAUAAAGCCCUCUCUUGUGCGUCCAAAAAGUGCCACUUGCUAACCAAAACCUCUUGUUCUAGCACACAGUUUUGUCACUAUAAUUACACCUAUAGAGAUGGUUCUUAUACCACAGGAAAUCUAUCGCUCGACACUGUCACAUUGAAUUCCUUAUCUGUUCCCGAUACUAUAUUUAGCUGCGGACACCAAAAUGGAGGAAUCUUCAGUGGGGUCAAGUCGGAAAUAUUUGGACUUGGAAGUGGAGAUGUGUCAUUUGUAUCCCAAAUCGGCAAAUCGGUUGGGGGGAAAUAUUUCUCUCAUUGCUUGGUUCCUACCAUGUCUACCCAAACAGAUCCUAAUAUUUCAAGCAAGAUGUAUUUUGAUCGUAAAGUUUCAGGUGCUGGUGUGGUCUCGACACCUUUGUUCUCAAAUGGUUCUAAAACCUUCUACUACCUUGAGCUGCAAGGCAUUAGUGUUGGAGGCAACCGUUUCACUCUUGCUGCCAAACUUUUAAGGGCAAUGUUAUCAUCGACUCUGACCAAACUUGACAUUACCAGUGUCAUUGUGACUGUCCAUUUCAGUGGUGCAGAUGUGAAGUUGAAACCCAAUAACAUAUUUCUUAGGGUGUGUGAAGAUAUUGUUUGUUUAGCAUUUGGCCCGACAACUGAUCUGGGAAUAUAUGAGAAUGUGGUGGUGACAAACUUCUUGGUAGGAUAUGACCUCGAAAACAACAUUUUGUCCUUCAAGCCAACUGAUUGUACUUCCUAG